AUGAACACAUCGGCGGAACGACGUCGCGAACUAGCACGUCGCAUUGGUAGAAGGAAAAUCCGAGAAAGACAAGAAGAAAUUAAAGAAAAACUGGAGGUUAUGGAUCUGGAUAAGGCCAAUGAUCCAUGGAUGCGCUCCAAAAAGUUGAUCAGACUCAAAAAGAAGGAGUUGCAGGAGCAUGGUACUGUCUAUAUUGCUUUAGUUAGGAGUUUUGUAUUGGUUUAGUUGGGAGUUUUAUAUUGGUUUAGAAAGGGUUUUUGGGGUUUUAUAUUGUUCUAGGUGAGAAAAGAUGAGAUUUCUUUAAAAAAAUGAUUUUUUUGAAGAUUUUGGAUGUUUUGAGAGCUUUUUCAAUGUUUUUGAGGCUUUUAUUAGGUCGUAUAAAAAAUAAUGUGCCAUGUCUUAUAGUGAACAUUCAGUAGCUCAUUACUUUUUAUACAAUCUGAUAUGAAGAUGAAAGGGUAUUUCUAAUGUUUUGAGGCUUCCUUAUAGACUAAUUUUUAUUUUUUAAAGGCUCUAAAAGUAUAUUUGAGAAAUAAGGCCAAAGAAUGUCAGUUUAUUCAAAAUAUGCUCAAUAUUUCCAGGAGAAGACGAAGAAGACAUUGAAAAGUUGAUAAACCUAAUCAAAACCGAACACUCCCUCCGCCGAUGCCUGAACCUCUUGAGCGGAAACAAAAACGACCAUGCCGAAAUCAUCAAACGCCUUCAAUACGUCCUCGAAAACCAGCACGACCACGAAACGGUGGAUGAAAUGUUCUGCCGAAUGUUCUUCGACCAACUCGUCUUUUGUCGCUUCAAUCGACCAAACUUUUUUGUUUUAUUCUCAAACCUACCGGAACGAAUCAAAACUCAAAUGGUGGAGGAUGUGUCGAACGCCUUCCAGAACGGCUACAUCCCCUUGGAGAUGCAGAUCACACAAGUCAAGGAACACUGGACGGUGUCGACCGUACCACGGGAGAAACGUCGCCUGACUGACGCUUUGGAGUAUCUGGAGAACAAACAGAAGCGACUGGUACCCGAAUGUUUGAGGUGGGUUUUAGGAGUUUUAACAAUAUAUCACAGUAAAGACUGGUAUCUUGCGCACAUUUUGAAUUGUGUAAGGCGAUUUUUAUCAUUUUAUUGCAUCUUAACUUGAAGUAUUUUAAACUUGAAGUAAGUUAAGAUGCAAAGUCUACCUCCGGCCGGUCUCAACCUUCAUACCCGGCUUCUUUCAACUUCAGCUCGAGAAUGGCCGGAUCGUAAGGCCCUGCCUGCACGGCUUGUUUUUCUAACCAAAACAAAAUUUUCGAAAUUUUAGGCUAGCCGCCGACAUGUACAAUGCCAAUCUAUUCGAUAUCAGCUCGGUGGUGGAGGUCUUGAACAGUGUUAUUGAUCAGAUGAAGAACGGCGGAGUGGACAACGUUGUCGAUUUGGCAGCCGAUUUCAUCUUCCACACCAGCGAAAAGCUGACAACAGAGCAUCCGAACGAGCUGGAAGCCUUUCUCCAACAACUUUUGGACCGCAAAAACAGUGAAAACGCGAAAAUGGCGGAGAGGAAGGGGAUCGAGAGGAUAUUCAAGUACACGAAACAGUGGUUGAAUGGCUAUAUUGAUGGGUCUGGAGAUUCGAAAUGUAAUGAUACUACAGAUUUAGAGGAUAAGGAAGCUACAGAUUUAGAAUAUAAGGACGCUACAGAAACAGAAAGUUCACAAGUCGAAGAUAUUAUAGUAGCUUUGGCUGUGGAAGAAGAAAAGAAUCAUAUUGCUGAAGAAGUUCAGAACACUGAUGAUUAUGGUAGUCAAUGUAAUGAUAAUGUAGCGAAGGAAACGCGAAAUCCUCAAGUUGAAGAAGUGGUACAGCCUGUCGAAGAAGUAAGGCUUACUAAAGAGCUUCAGAAGCCUGUUACUAAUGUUGGUCAAUGUAAGUUUAACGUAUCUACCGAAAUGCGACAUCUUCAACCCAAAGAAGUGGUGGAAGCGGCUUUUAAAGAAGUGAUAAAGCCGGCUGUUCAACAAGUUGUAAAGCCGGCUGUCAGUGAAGUAAAGAGGUCUGUUACUGAAGAAGUUCAGAAGCCUGUUGUUCAUUUAAAUGGAAGAUUUUAUGGUGGUAAUGUGGCUAUUGAAAUGGGUCAUAUUCAAGAUGAAGAAGUGACAAAGCCGGCUGCCAAAGAAGUGAAGAGGUCUAUUAAUGAAGAAGUUCAGAAGCCAGAUGCUACUGGAUGUUAUGGUAAUGUAGCUACGGAAAAACGACGUCUUCAACCUAAAGAAAUUGUAGAACCGGCUGUUCAACAAGUUAUAAAGCCGGCUGCCAAAGAAGUAAAGAGGUCUAUCACAGAAGAACUUCAGAAGCUCAUGGCCAAUGUAAACAGCAGAUGUAAGAGUAAUGUAGCUACAGAAAUGAAGCAUGUCAAAGAAAUGGCAAAACCGUUUAUGGAAGAGUCGGUAAGACCGAUUGUCAGAGAAUAUGAGAGGCCUAUCACUAAACAGGUUCAGAAGCCUGCGAUUAACAUAAAUGGUCGAUGUAAUGGUAAUGUAGUGACAGAAACAAGAGUAGUUGAUAAGAAAGAGGUGACAGAAACAAAAGCAAUUGAUAAGAAAGAGGAAAAGAAACUUGUGAAUACAAGGACAGCGAAUGGUGAGGAGAGGACUGAUAUGCUUGUCAUGGGUAUGAAGACCAAGAACAACAUUGCUGAAGUAAGUUUGGUGACUAAGGUUAUGUAUUAGGUGCGGACAUAAAGAACCCGCCAUACUUUUCUUAGAAUUUUCAUGUAAAAAAUGGCGGGUUCUUUAUGUCGCAACCUAAUAAUUUAGGUUAUGUUCAGGGACGUUGCUACUGAUUUUUCUAGGGGAAGAGGGGUGGAAGCUAAAAAAAAUUUUGGUUUAGUAGCUGUAGCUAGCUAGAUGAUAUCUGUUCCCUCGUUUUUCAAAAAAAUUUUUUUUUGAUUUUUUACGUUUAGUUUGACCCCACUCCCUUAGCUAAGACCUUCGUUAUGUUGUAUUAGGUGCCGACAUAAAGAAACCGCCAUACUUUGCCUGUAAUUUUCUGUAAAAAAUGGCGGGUUCUUUAUGUCGGCACCUAAUACUUGGUACUAUCUUUAUUGGUUCGUAGCAGGACCGGGCGGUGGCUUUGGCCUGUUUGUGGGGGUAAAAAAAGUUUUGAUUAAAGUACGAUAAGAAUUGAUAGCUUCACGGAAAAUUAACGUAUUUUACAUAUUUCAGUACGAAUUGAUAAUGUUCGUAAAAGGAUUGCUAGCCGCUUGUCACCCAAAUCUGAUGCACAUUGACAUAGUAAUGAUGAAGAUACGACAGUUUAUGCCUCAGAACGCGUUUGCCAACGAUGAGAGUGUUCUGUAUAAGAUUAAGGAGCUUCCGUUUUUAAAGGUUAUCCAGGAAAAGGUGAGCAAUCGAAAUUAAUUUAAAAUUUUCGAUUUUAAUCAGGAUAUUUUUUUUCUCGGAGGAGGAUGACCAUUUUUUUUAACAGUGAGCUUAUGGAUUCAAAUUUUAAAAAAAAAAUUUUGGUUUUGAUUGAUAUUAGGUUGUUCACUUAAUUCUGCGCCCUCUCUCAUAGCAAAUAUGUGGGGUAAAGGGGGCACAGAAUUAUGUGAACAACCUAAUAGUAGGCCGGAUGGUGUCUUAAGUAGACUUGAAGAGGGGGCAUGUUAGGAUCGGUCCUUUUACAGGUCUCGCCUUUCUUUAUGACAGUUUCUGAUGGUAUUAACAAGAAGAAGCUUCAUUUUUAAGUAAAGUACUAAUUUUUCCAUUUUCAGUUCAUAGCGAUCGUGGUUCCGCAUUCAGGAAAAUAA